UAAUAAUAAACACUUUAGUGUUAUCUUUGUGCAGAAUAUGGCUUCCAAGGCUCUCGCAAUCCCUCUUCUCCUAGCUCUCAACCUUCUUUUCUUCGCCAUGGCCAGCUCUGCUACUCCAUGCCCACCAUCGUCAUCCUCGAAACCAAAGCCUUCUUCUCCUUCGUCACCUUCCUCUUCCAAUGGCCGUUGCCCUAUCGAUGCCCUUAAGUUGGGCGUGUGCGCCAAUAUGUUGAAUUUGGUGAAUGUUAAGGUUGGCUCACCACCAACUCUCCCAUGUUGCAGUCUCCUUAAGGGUUUGGUCGAUCUUGAAGUUGCCGCUUGCCUUUGCACUGCCCUUAAGGCUAACGUUCUUGGCAUCAACCUCAACAUUCCAAUUUCUUUGAGCGUCAUUCUUAACAACUGUGGAAUGAACAACUCUGGCUUCCAGUGCCCUUAAUUCAAACUUGAUUUUAUAUUCCAUUGAUACUUGCUUUGAAAAGUUUGCUUUUCGUAUUUUGUUUGUGUGUUUUGGUUCAAAGGCACGUACGUUGCUUGCCAUUCAUCAUUAAGAUGGCAACAAGUCAUUCAUAGCUUGUGAAUGGAAUUUUUUGUUUUCAUUAGAAUUAUUUUACUUUUUUGUGAUUCAUUAAUAUCUCCACAAUUUCUUCCG